GCGUCGGCUCGGUUUGUUUCAGCUGUUUGACUUUACUUCUUUCGUUUACAAUAUUCUGGUAAAAAAAAAAAUUCAGUCUUUCUACUGUACAACACACGAUUGUGACUGAAUGAGAAGCCUCACUGUCUUCCAGCAAUGUCCAGUAGCUCAACUAUCCAGUUAACUUUACCGCAGUGGGACGGGGGCUCGCGGAGGAUCCGCUUCAUUCACCUGGUGAACCUGACGUCCUUCAGGCUGACAGAGUGCCCCAACAAUAGUCCAGUGGUCCCUCUCUUUUUAGGAGCUGAUCUCUUCUCCAACACUGACAUCCGAACAGAAAACCAUCCCAGAUACCAUGCCAAGUUUGCCAAGAAAGGAUUUGCUACAAAAGUACAUUUUUCCUCAGCAUUCAGGUUCCACGGGUUAAAGGUACCUACUGCAAAUAACAGCCUGUGGUUCUACAGCGUCCAGGGACUCUUUCGAGUAGCCUUUGAGAUGUACAGUAAGCAAGAGCAACUUGCCGUGCUAGAGAACUUUCAGGAUGUUUGGAAAUCACAGAUAAAUGACAGCCCCCUGAAAAUGAGUUACAGCCUCAGUGUGCAGCUCGACUUUCCACCAUACAGCAGCCUGCACGAUCCAGAAUCAAAGAGCAUAAUGUCACAACCUCAGCACUGCCAGGUCGGCAGGGAAUCGGUGGAUGUAUAUGGUGGUGCCACGGGUAAUACAUCAGCAGAUCACGAUUAUUGUUCUUUUCCCAAGAAGAACUUGCAAACUGAGCAAAGUCACUCAGUUGUAUCUGCAGUGAGACAAAAGUUGCACAGCUUGGAUGACAAACUCUCCUCUUGGACUCAAGGUGACACAGAAGAGCUGGAGACUACCUCGCUGCUUCUGCAGUACACUGAUCAGUACCUGACUGGGAAUCUAGAAGAAAAAGAUGUGACAGAAACUGUGUUAACCCUGCUAAAGGCCAAAGACUGGGGCUGUGUGUAUUCAAGUUCACUGCUUUGUGGAAUAGGACGCUGGCUCGGCCAACAGUUUCACGCAGCCAACAGCAGCAUUAGCCAGAAAGUGGAGGGUUUUAAAGUUCAGCACAUUGAAAGAAUUAGUGACUUGCCACCUGCUGAGGAACUAGCGACAGAGCUGUUUCCAGAAGCCAUGCGAACACUGCUGCUUCAUUGGAUGGGCCUCAGUGAGGAGUCCACUGUGGAGAAGAGACACAGCGAGUAUCCAAUCCUGCUCCUCAUCCUCGAGUUUGCCAAUCACAACCUCAUCACUGGAGUGGCUCAUGUGCUGUACUCCAGUCUAAUAUGUAAAUAGAGUGGAUUUAUAUUUAGGCAUCAACACAAAGACCUACAAUUAAACUGAACAAUUGCUAAUAUUCUAAUAAAUUUAAUAAUACAGACGUACAAUAA